UUCUUAACAACAGACAGCGAUCUUCUAAUAGUUCUAUCAGCUAGGCAACUAAAUCUCUUCGAAUUGUUCAGUGUUAAAUUCUUAAUUUUGCCGAUGAAAAGACAGAUAACGAUUUGUUCAAUUGAAAUUAUUUAUUUCAAGAUAAGAUAUAUCGCCAAGUAAUUCACAGAUAAGUGCACUCGGCUUUUGAAAUUCGAACACACUUUAGAAAGUGGAAAACUUCGAAACGUUUCCGCUAGUGAUGUGUUGUAUUUUUCGGUGAAAUUUGGCCCAGAAAGACUAAGGAAAUGUGGAUCCUUUCAACCCUUUCCUUUUUAGUUUCAGUAUUAAUCACUCCUUUCUUAACGACUUUGUUGUGUAUAAUAUUUUUAGCAGCAAUUGGGAAGUCGAUUGGGGUGAGGAGAUUAUAUGUUAGGAUACUGCUUAUGAUAUUUGAGUAUGGCAGACAAAACAUCGAAUCGGCCCAGAAUGGAAGGAAGUUGGAAGAAGAGAGUGACGAUGAAGGUUACAGCGAAAGCACAAACAACACACCAGUAGACGAAGUGGAUUCUAAUAAGCACAACGGCACGCACAAGAACGGAUACAUACCAAAUUCCAAUCCGCUCAUCAGCAGGGAUCUGAUAUUGGUUCCAGAACCUCCCACACCUGCCAAAAAGAGCGAAAAACUAGUCGAAAAAAGCCCUGAUAAUGAAAUAUCCGAGAAGGAAGAAUUCAAGGACUUCGAUCUGUCCAGUGUGGUGGAUUACAUUAAGGUUGGAGUAGAGGCCAUAAUCGAAGACGAGGUAACAUCUCGGUUUGAGGCUGAAGAACUGAAGAACUGGAACCUACUGAUAAGGACCAACAGGCAUUACGAAUUCAUCAGCUUGAAACUGACGAUCCUAUGGAUUUGUGGCUUUUUCCUGAGAUACUUCUUCCUGUUUCCACUACGAGUAUUGAUCUGUUGUUUUGGGAUUUUGUGGAUGCUAAUAUCAACCUAUCUCUUGGGAAAACUACCGGAAGGUGCCGUUAAACGUUGGGUGAACAAGAGGGUGUACAUUAUAGCUUUCAGAAUUUUCGCCAGAUCCUUUAUCGGCUAUAUCAAUAUACACAAUAAGCAGUACAGACCCGCCAAUGCUUCGGUGUGCGUUGCCAACCACACCACGCCGAUGGAUGUAGUAAUCCUUUCGACGGACAACUGCUUCUCUCUGAUCGGCCAAAGUCAUGGUGGUUUCUUGGGAUUACUACAAAGAGCUCUAGCUAGAGCUUCACCGCACAUUUGGUUUGAGAGGUCAGAAGUUAGAGAUCGACAUGCUGUGGCUAACAAAUUGAAAGAGCACGUUUCGAACCCCAACAAUCCCCCAAUUCUCAUCUUCCCUGAAGGCACCUGUAUCAACAACACCUCGGUUAUGCAGUUCAAGAAGGGCAGUUUUGAGGUGGAGAGCGUCAUCUAUCCGGUUGCAAUAAAGUACGACCCCCGUUUCGGAGACGCGUUCUGGAAUAGCAGCAGGUAUUCGAUGUUGCAGUACCUGUACAUGAUGAUGACCAGUUGGGCCAUCGUGUGCGACGUGUGGUAUCUGCCCCCGAUGCACAGGAAAGAGGGGGAGACGGCGAUAGACUUCGCAAAUAGAGUGAAGAGUGUUAUUGCCAAACAGGGUGGACUGGUGGAUUUGGUCUGGGAUGGUCAGUUGAAACGAAUGAAGCCAAAGAAAGAAUGGAGGGAAAGGCAACAAGAAGAAUUCAGUAAGAGGUUGAAAUCAGAAUAAUGAAUGGAGUUUGUAUUUUCCUGCGUUGAUCAAUAACUAAGGGUGCAAAGUCAUUUUUUUCGCUCUGUUUAGAUGAAUUGUUUAAAUUCGAAGCUCUAGUCACUUUGUAUAUUCUUAUUGGAGAUGCUACCUUUUAGUUCCUCACAAAGUUUAUCUUAGCUUUUCAGUUGCUAGGUCUCUCCAAAUCUACCUUUCUUCUCACAAUUAUUCAAGGCUUGUGUAUUUAUUUUAGAGAUACCAGCAUUCAAGUUUGGUUCUCCAUCAAGCUCAACAUUGAAUUCUUCGUAUUUCAAUUGUUUAUAGAUGUGAUUAAUUUUUACCAAGAGAUAAUCAUUAGCUUUGAAAUUAAUUAUAGGGUUAAUAAGGAUAAUAACACUAAAUAGUAUACUGAAAAGAACUAUUUUUGAUUACAGGUCAAUAGUUGUAUAGAUCAGCAUUGUAUUAUUGUUAAAUUUAAUUUUUUAAGUUAUUCAGUUUAUGAUUACACUUUUUUACUCACUGCAGAUAUUUGUAAUUUACUGAGUUAAUAUGUUGUUGUAAAUAAUGUGAAAAAGCUUCUUCUCUUGCAUUGCUAAAAAUGAAUAAAGACUGAAAUAUA